AUCAUAUAAAAGAGGGUAAGUUUAGAAGAGUUCCAAUAGUACGCUGUUAUCCUUCUGACAGAGAUGAUCACAUUGGGGGGUAUCGUUGUUACAUUGGCACUCGUUGCCAUUGUGACUUUCUUUUUUACAAUCUACGCCAAAUACAAAUUGAAUUAUUGGAAAAAACGAGGCGUCGAAACGUUGCCGGCCGACUUAAUAUUCGGUAACUUUAAAGACGCCGUACUCUUUCGUUCAGCUCCAGGAUGGCAUUUAGGACAAAUUUACAAAGAAGCCAAACAGGAUGCACCAUACAUCGGUUUCUACAUCUUCCACAAGCCCUGCUUGCUCCUACGUGAUCCUGAUAUUAUCAAGCAAAUCAUGAUAAGAGAUUUUAACAAUUUCUCUGAUCGACACUUUGCCGGCUCGAAUCAAAAGGACAGUAUCGGAAUGAAGAAUCUCUUUGGCAUGAAGAAUCCAACUUGGAAGUAUCUCAGGUCGAAAAUUACGCCGACAUUGACACGUGAAAAAUUAAAGCGAAUGUUCCCACUUAUGACGGAAAUUGGCAAUCCAAUGAUGGACUACUUAAAGAGCCAACCUACGGAUGAAAAUAAUAUCAAAUUGGUCGAUGCUCAGGAACUUAGUUACAAGUAUACUACGGACUUGAUCGCUUCUGUCGCACUUGGCACCAAAAUGGAUUCCUUCAAUUAUCCCAACGUUGAAUUUUGUGCCGCUGUCUCAGAAUUUUUCCAUGGAUUCAAAAGAAUGGUCGCCCUCGUUACGGUUUUCUUCAUGCCCGAAUUGGUCGAGAUAAUCGGCACGAAGAUACUUUUCAAUUCCACUUUUAUAAAAAAGAUCUUUUGGAGUGCUAUGAACGAUCGUGAGAGGACCGGCGUAAAAAGAGGGGAUUUCAUCGAUUCGUUGCUCAAAUUGAAAAAUGAAAAACAAAAUCCGGAUUACAAGUUCGAGGGUGAAAAUCUUUUCUAUCAAUCGGGCACCUUCUUCUCCGGAUUCGAGUCGAGCUCUGCGUGUAUGUCGUUUACGCUUAUGGAGCUUGCAAAUAAUAUGGAAUGCCAGGAACGUGCCAGGAAAGAUGUUAAUAAGGCCAUCGACAUGUAUGGCUGGACAUAUGAAGCUUUCAACGAAAUGAAAUAUCUCGAUCAGGCUAUAGCCGAAGGCUUGAGAUUGCAUCCGCCUGUAUCUACGAUCGAUCGGUACACUCGUCAAAAUUAUCAGAUACCGGGCACUGAUAUAAUCAUCGAAAAAGGUACUCCAAUUUAUAUAUCUCUUUACGGCCUUCAAAAUGAUCCAAAAUAUUUCGCCGAUCCAGAAGUCUAUAAUCCAGAUAGAUUUGCCGAAAAUAAUAUUAUUUCCGAUGCGUAUAUACCUUUUGGCAUAGGUCCGAGGAUGUGUGUAGGAAUGAAAAUUGGUCAGCUUCACGCAAAGAUGGUACUUGCCUUUCUUCUACGGGAAUACACGAUUUGGCAAGAAGAGAAAGAUGAAACUAUUUUGGAUCCACGUUCGACAUUUACAGCUGCAGCAAAUGGAAUAAACCUUCACUUUAAAAAGAUAACAUGUCGAAAAAAAAGCCAAUUAAUCAAAACAACAUUUGUAGGACCAGAUUACAUUAACAAUGGACUCCUCUUCAUUCUUACUCUUACCUUUUUACUUUAUCUUUGGAUGAAAUACCGCUAUUCUUAUUGGAAGAGACGAGGAGUACCUUCUGUGCCAAUAUAUUCAUUGUUACGACAUUUCAAGGAUAGUUUUCUCAUGCGCAAAUCGGUCAGCAUGGUACUCGGUGAUCUUUACCUCCAAGCAAAUGAUGAGGACAAAUUUAUCGGAAUAUAUAUCUUACAUAAACCUUUCUUAUUGAUCAGAGACAAAGAACUCGUUAAGUCCAUGCUAAUCAAAGAUUUCGACGUAUUCUGCAAUCGAUAUUUCUCGAUAAAAUCGUCCAAGGACUUGGCUACGAUAAAUCUUUUUUCCGUAGAUAAUCCUGCGUGGAAGCAUCUUAGGAUUAAAAUGUCGCCGAUAUUUACUAGUGGAAAGAUAAAGAAGCUUUUCUAUUUCAUGCUCGAGACCUCCGAAACGAUGAAAGAUUUUCUUCAAGGACAAUCCGAUAAAAGAUCGAUUGUCACGAUCGAUGCCAAGGACGUCUUCAUGAAAUAUAGUACCGAUAUUAUAUCUACGGUGGCUUUCGGGGUUCGAACGAAUUCGUUCGAUGGAUCAGUAUCUGAAUUCUAUCAGCAAAGUAGAUUGCCCUUUAAGCCAACCUUUAGAUCGAUGUUCACGAUGUUGCUAGCUUUCUUUUUUCCCGAGCUAACCGAUAAAAUUGAGUUUAAGAUGAUGGGAGAAGCUAGAGAGUACUUCAGUAAACUUUUCUGGGAUACGCUCAACGAACGGGAAAAGUCUGGAACGAAGAGAGGGGAUCUUAUUGAUUAUCUCAUAGAAUUAAAAAAUGAGAAACAGAACGAUUACUUCAAAUUCGAAGGGGACGUAUUACUUGGUCAAUCGCUAAUAUUUUUUAUCGCUGGCCGAGAGAGCACCACGACUACUAUAUGCUUUGCCCUUGCUGAACUCGCCAAACAACCACAAUUACAAGAUAGAUUGAGACAAGAAAUUCAUGAAGUAUUAAAAUCAAAAGGAUUCACUUAUGAAGCCGUGCAAAAGAUGAAAUACCUGGAUCAGGUGAUAUCGGAAACUCUCAGAUUAUAUCCGCCGGCGCCCAUCAUAGAUAGGGUUGCUACACGAGAUUACGUGAUUCCCGGAACAGAUGUAGUUAUAGAAAAAGGAACGCCCGUUUAUGCGGUACUAACUGGCAUGCAUUUAGAUCCAAAGAACUUCCCAGAUCCAUUGCGUUUCGAUCCUGAUAGAUUCAGCGACGAAAGAAAGGCCGAUAUUCCUGCAUAUACUUACAUGCCCUUCGGUGAUGGACCGAGGAUCUGCAUCGCCAUGCGGGUCGGUCUAUUACAAACUGCAGUUGCUAUUAUCACGAUAAUUAAUAAGUAUGAAGUUUCAUUGGAUCUAAAGGGAAAAUAUAAACCAGACUCUACUAAUAUGUUUAUGACGCCUUGUAACAACUUCACGUUGCAUUUAAAGAAAAUAACCAUGGAUGAUUAAAAGUGUAAAAUAUGUAUUAUAACGAUUAUAAUGAUCGUCUAAAUGAAAACGUAGUAAUGUAAAAGAAAAUUGAUUAUUA